GCAUCCCCAACCUCUUUUCUUCCCAAGAUUGCCGCUAUUGUUCACUCGUACCUGCAUAUCCGGGCUGAAUAUCGCUGGUUGGGUCAUCGGUCUCCGAGUCAACGAACCAACCCCUGAUUUUCUAACCUGAGUUGUAAAUGUGCUGAGAAGACAUCUGAGUUGAUGAUAUCGAGGGGGAGAGUUCGUCACGAUUAAAGGACACUUAUUAACGACCUUUCCUUUUCUCUCCUAACAAAAUGCGUUGUGCUGUACGAGCGCCAACGCUUCUCUCCCUCCUCUUCACACUCCUCCAUCACACAAUAGCAUCGCCAAUACCCGACCCCAUUCCCCAGCUUACUUGUGAUACAUCUUCUGGGGAGACGGCUUGCGGCACAAUUUGCUGUGCGUCAAACCAGAAAUGUCUGUUUGAAGGACAAUGCGGUGCGGCAUCCAACUCGGGAUCCGGGUCUAACUCCAAUAGUCAAGGAUCAUGGCAGUUUUUCACCCGUACCUGGACUGAGACUGGUCUAGUUACCAGGACCUCAGUCUGGUCUAGUUUUAUCCCCUCCGCAACGGCGGCCGCCAACCCUUCUGCCUCCAAGGCUCCUUCAACAACUUGGAAUCCACCCACUCUUACGUCUUCUGUCCGCAAUCCUUCUGGAUCUGGAGGAGGUGGCUCGAGUGGUGGUUUUAUUGUUACCAAUAGCAAUGGUGGAACUUUCACCCCGCCAACCCGACCAACAGAAUCUUUCAAUGGCGGUGUUAUUGGAGGCGAUGCUUCCGGUUCGAAAAUCUUGGUCCCAACUGUGACUGGCACAAACACCUACUUGGUCCCUGUUCCCACUGGAUCUCUCGGGUUUGGCGGUGUCGUAGGGGGGAAUUCUGGUGGCGGUGGCCUUACUGGCGCACAGAUUGGUGGAAUAGUGGGAGGUGUACUGGGUGCCUUGUUCUUGAUCGCUUUGAUUCUCCUUUGCUGUUGCCUCAAAAAGGGAUUCAGGGGAUUCUUCGGCUGGCUCAAUUCCUUCGGUGGCCGUCGUCGUCGUGAAGAAGCUAUUAUCGUCCAGGAAGGCCAUGUUCACGAAAGUCACCACCACCAUGGCGGUACGGCAGCCGCGGCAGGUACGGGGGCCGGCGCAGGAUUCCUUGCCGGAAUGUUUGGAAGGCGGCCGGGACAGAAGGUCACGACUACCACCACCCACACCCACGAGCAUCACACUCUCCACGGUCAUCACGGUUCAGGUGGCGCUGUCGGAUCUCACCAUUUUGGAUCCGCUCAUCCUGGCCACAGUGGUGCUGUUGGUGUUGUGUCUGGGGUGUCCGGCGGCCAUCACGCUUCCAGCCAUCACGCCUCCAGCGGCGGUCACCAUCACGGGAGUGGUGGCUUGGCGGCAAUGAUAGGAGGAGCGGCGGCCGGCUUUGCCAGCAUGUUCUCAAGCCGACGCCGGACUCGAGUGAGCGAGAAAUACGAAACCAGUGAUGAGAGCUACACGGACACCGACUUUACCGCUGAAUCACAGAGCGAUUCCAUUACCUCCUCUGACAGCACGUCCAGUAGCUCCUCUUCAAGCAGCAGCAGCUCCAGCAGUUCGUCCGAUAGGUGAUGAUAAAUUUCCCGCUUAGUUUCCAGGGCGAUUCUAUUCUGCUGUAUGAUUUUGAUGUUACCCUUUUUCUUCCUUGGACAGAUGUUUAUGAGACUGGCCCCUUUCUAUAUUCCUAUUAUCUGUUUUUUCAUUGCACGGAAAAAGUGGGGGUGAUUUCUUUUACCUUUUCUAUUGUUUUUCUUUCAAACUUUUUCCAUAUUUCUCUAAGAACUGUACGACAGCAUAGGAUGGAUUGCUCCCCCGCAAGGAGGGAAAGGGUGUAAUGAGUGAUGGUCAUUGUGUUUUUUCGUUAUUUUUCGGGGGGAGUUGAUUGAUUUCGGUUUCUUGCUGGAAAGCGGUAUGCUUUAUCUCAAAGAAAAAAAAAAA